AUGGUGGCAUUUAUGAAUCGAUCUAAUAAGUUCAGAUUGAUUCGUAACCUUUCAGUACGACGAUUGCCAGAAAAUCGAUCUGGUAUUACUCUGAUUUGGCUUGAAAAUACAUUGUCUUCAUCAUGUGAUGACAAUCAGAUGCGAUUGCAUAGUUUUAGCAAUCAAUGUUUUAUUGUUUAUUAUUCAAGUAUACGAAAAUGUGUUAAAUACUUGAAGCGAACUCGAUCACGUGAAUAUGUCAUUGUUAUUAUUGUGUCUUAUCCAAUGGAAACAAUUCAACGCGUCAUUCAUCGAUUUCAACAAUUUGGUGUUAUACAAACAAUGUUCGUUAUUUAUUCAGAUGGAGAUACAAAUAAUCAUUUGUCCUUAAUAACCGAUAAUCUUCAUGUUUUUCGAACUCAAGAAUCCAUGUUUGAGCUUUUGGAAAAACGAAUUGAAGAAAUUGAGGAACAAAACUUGAAUGGUGGUUUAUUUACAACAUUCUAUCGAAAGGAAAAAUCUUUGAAAGAUGUUCGGGAAGAUUUGCCAACAUUUGUUUGGACUCACACACUUAAAGGUUAG